AGGAGAAAGUUUGCCUGCAAGUGCUGCUGCUGCUGCUGCUGUGUCUGGUUUGAGUUAAUGGGCAUAUAAUAUAACUGUAUAGCUCAGCCCAACUAGUUUGUAGCCUGGAGGAAGCACAGUCACUGCUGACUGGAGUUUCCUGUCCAAUAGCUGCAGCACACAAGUCAGUCAGUGGGAGUGAAGGGAGAGACACUCACUCACACACACACACACACACACACACAUAGGACGGACACUGCUCAUCUGGACAAGUGUGGAGGAGGAGGUGUGUUUGGACUUUGUUUGCAGCAGAACGCGAGUAACUCUGCAGUGAAGACACACACAGUGAAAAAAACACCCCGAGAGUCUUUAACGACUCUGCCUGCAGAGACACUCACAGCCAUCUUCCCAAGCAACAUCUGGUCUGCUGGAGGACGGGGCGAGAAACCGGAGAGACAGAAACUUUGGAGGCGGAGAGAGAAAAGACUUUCUCCGCUGCAGGAAAAAUGCUCUGAAUUUGGGAAGGUGGGACACCUACAUGACUCCGAGCAGAGUUUUGGUGCUCGCGUGAAGUGGCAAAAGUGGACGGGAAAGAGGACGGGAAAGGUCGCGGAGGGCGAGAAGUCCAACUGGAGCGGUCAGAGAAUGAAUUAGCCCAAAGGUUUGGCUGCUCCGAGUCCCAGCCAGAGAGAAGACUCACUCCUUGGCCCCUCCACCUCCUCCCAUAAGAGCCAGGACGACGUCCAUGGAUGAGGAGAGGAGCGCUCCUGCCAUCUCCCCAGAGACACCUGACGAUGGGGACCCCAGUUUACCAAUACCACAACCAGGUUCGCACAGAACCUCCUCCACAGUGAGAGUAGACACCUGCCCAAACCCUAAGCCAUGUCCCUGCGAAGAUGUGGCCCAAACUUAUACUGAGCCCCUCAUAUUGAGGACCAAUGGAACCCCAGAAAGGUUGCUAGGCAAUGAUGGAGACACUUGUAACAACAGGCUCCCACACUCAGUGCUCACAACACCCAGCAAGAGUAUCACAUCUCAACCAGCAGCCAGAUCGACGCCGACCCAGCACACCCAGCCGUGUCGGACACAGCCCGGUGGCCACCUACGGAACGGAACGAAGCAGCACUUGCACUCACACUGUCUCACACACACGACGCACACACUCCAGUCGAACAGCGUCAGGAAUGGGGGAACUCAGCAUCCUAAGCUGGGCUCCCUCCCAAGAGGUGGCUCAUCCACGUCCUCGUCGUCUUCAGGACCCAGACACACCAAGAAGUUGCAGUCCAACCCUUCCAUCACCUCCCAGAGCAGCAAGAGAAGCAAGAGCAGCUCCAAGAGCAACAGCUCCCAGAUGCCAACAGAGACACAGGAUGACUGCUGCGUUCACUGCAUUCUAGCCUGUCUCUUCUGCGAGUUUCUAACUCUGUGUAACAUCGUGCUGGACUGCGCCACCUGUGGCUCCUGUGCGGGCGACGACUCGUGUUUCUGCUGUUGCUGUGCGUCAGAGGAGUGUGGCGACUGUGACCUGCCCUGUGACAUGGACUGUGGCAUCAUCGACGCCUGCUGUGAGUCGGCAGACUGCCUGGAGAUCUGUAUGGAGUGCUGUAGCCUUUGCUUCUCCUCCUGAGGGCCCGGCCCGCCACCAUGGGGGGCAAAGUAGAUGCUUGAUUCUCACUUCCCACAAGCCCAGGAACAACGACGGCCAGCGUGUUAUUAGAGCUGAAUAGCAAUCGCCAUUGUUGCCUGGGAUGUGUGGUUCACAUUAUAUUGGCUGGUCUGCUUGGCUCCACAAUAUGUUCCUUAUGUCUUACAGGGUUUGCCAAGUAAAAGAUGUGACCUAAUGCUGACAGCAGUCACUAUUGAACCCUUCCUCCAUUGAUCCAGCAAUGGGACGCUCACUUCCCCUUGCGUUUUCUUUGCUGUUGGUCCAUUUCUACACAGCUGGGUGUAUGUGCAGAGUGAGUUCCAGCUGUGGUCCAUGAGAGUUUGCCAGGCUGUGCAGCCUCUGGACCCUCACUGAACAAGCUAUUAUUACAAAGGAGCCCCUUGUGCCAUCUGAAUGACUGGAGUUCUCAAAGCAUGAAAAGUGACCUCUGAAGGCAAAUGAGAAAAUGGCUCCAUUUAACUGGAUUUUAAUGUUUCUAUAGAUAAGAGCAGCAGCAUAAUGGGAAAAUGGACGCUUAGAUCUCAGCAGAAAUGUAGUCUGUCCUGUCCUUGGCAAGGUUAAAGUCUUCCAGUUUGAUUGCAUGCAGUGGACUUGGCAGACGUCGAGUUCACCGCUGUCUUGUAAAAAAAAAUGGUGGCUUGUGGCAAUAUUACAGACAGAUUUGUUGUUUCUUAAUAUGCAUCUCACUUAAAGGACUUAUUUAUGCUGUGUUUCCGUCAUGGCACGGUUCGGGGUUUGGUCAUGGUAAAGCCCUGGGUCAGACUUGCGUUUUGACUUGGUUAGGCGGGGUGUGGGCUGCGCCUGAUGGCCGCGUCAGCGAGAUAUGACGACAGCGGAGACAGCGUUCUUCUGUCGCCCAGUCGCUCAGCGGAUUGUCGUACCAGAUCCAACCGUGCCAUGUUACUCUGGUACGGCGAAGGGAAGGGUACCAAAGAAUGGAAUGAAAUGGAAACGCAAAUAAAUAAGAGCCAUACUUUACCAAACUGAAUUGUUCCACCCGGCGGAAACAUGGCUUUAGAGAAGAUUCAUGAGUGUGUCAUUCAUCAGCCUGAAGAUAAGUCCCAUGAAAUAAGUGCUGUAAGUAAUGGACGUCACGGAGCGAAUGCUUGAUUGCAUCUGCAGUGGACAUUAUUCUCUGCUUUAACAUGUGAAGGGAGAGGGCUCUUAAUCAAAAGUCUCUCCUCAUUUAAUAUUCCACAUUUUGUUUACUUUUCAUUUGUUUUGAGGGGCUUUGACUGUGUUCAGUGAAUUCUUCCUUGUCCGAUUGGUCAGAACUGGUAAAGGACUGACAGAGGAUUGGGAAUCAUCAUGUCCUUUUUAAUACAUUUCUUUUCCUUUUGACAUUCUAGCUAUGUGAACAAAUGGCCUUGGCUUACUGUAGCUCAAGGCCUGAAUUUCCAAGUAGACUCCUCGUCUGUACCAAAUCUCUAUUAAUCCUUGUUUUGUAGAUUUUAGUUAAGAUAUUUGCAUUUCUCCUCUAAUGUGAAAAUCACAUUUCUGUGUUAUCGGGUUUUCCCGGGCUCUCUGUAAAGCAGACAUUGCUCAACAUCUAAUUUAAUUCCUCGAGCGAAAAUCUCACAGCAUUAUGGUAGGUUAGGUAUGCUCGUUGUAUGAAUGGUACACUUUUUGAUAACAGGCCUGCACUCUCAUGUGCUCAGACACGUUCCCUCUCCAAACCAAUACCUCUUGAGAUGUCACCUAGAUCUGUUGUGGCUUUUUUUAAAAAAAAAAUGACUUGAUACAAAUCUCUCUCCUCUCUGAUUAAAUACUGUGUGUGCAAUCAUUUUCUUUCUUUGAAAAACCAAAGACUUUUUUCUCU